AAAAUCAGCCCUGGUGUAGGUGUGUGCGUCUGUGUUUGUGUCUGUCUGCCCAGUGAUGGACUGGCAUCCCACCCGAGGAGUGUCCUGCCCUUUGCCCAUAGCGUGCCAGGAUAAGCUCCAGCUCCCCCACAACCCUGGGUGGGAAGAAGCAAUAACAAAAUGGCUGGAUGAUUGGAUUAAUGUUUUAACAUUUUAAUAUCUGGAAAAACACAGAAGCAAUAGAAAUGUGUCCUUUAGAGUUGAUAAUUUUUUCUGUUAUGUAAAACUGUAAAAUACCCAACAGUAAGACCUAACCGUUUGUGUAGAUACCUGGUACUGACACGUUCAGUCAUUAUUUUCUUAACAGUUUCUGUGAAUGGGAACAGGACAUUUUUGGACAAGAGAUUUGACCUCUCUGAGGAUCUGGCCUGCUUAAGUCUCUUCAGAAUGAAAUAGGACACCACUGAAAUACACCCGAGUGAAGACAGAAUAGGCAGCCUGUAAUAGAUUUUUGUUUUAUUUUAAUAACUCACCAGCAGAAGUAGGUAAUUAUAUACUUGAGACAGUCAGACCUAGUCAAGGUUAAACCCAUUCAUGGUCACGUCUUGCCUGGUUUCCAUCUUACACAAUUGUAUGAAAUAAAAGCUGAUCUGUUCCCCCAAUGUACAGCAGAAAUGAUAGAUACUACUGCAGUAUGUAUUUUUUUCUGAACCAGACAUAAAUCGACCAUGCUUACAAAACUCGGAUAGGAGAAAAUAGUGUUUCAGUGCGCUAAUGGAAUGCCAAGUGACCGCUGGCAAAGAGAAAUGGAGUAGAGUUCAUAAUACUGAGGAGCAAUCCUCCAGAAUAUGAUUGGAUAUGUUUUCGUUGUGGUUCUAACCCUGGUUUUCAAUAUUGUAGAUUUAUGACGGCUCUGUAUAUAUUCUAAUUCGAUUUUUUUUUCUCCCAACGGCCUUCAAAACAAGUUGUCAGAGCUUUCACAAUUAUAUACAGCGACAAUACCGACAAGGUUAUACAGUAUAAUGAAUCAAAAGGCAAUUAAUAUAAGCUAUUGUAAAGUAGUUGAAAUGGCUGCAAAAGUUGUUUUUUACCACAAUGAUUGAACGUCUAUGAAUGUAUAGAUAAAAAGAGUAGUUAAUUUAUGGGAAAUUAUACAUUAUUAUUAUUGAGAUUCACCCGGAAAAUAUUCCGGAGAUUAAACACCUAGGUUCUGAAAUGAAACCAGGUGAAACAUCACAGGUGUUUUCACCAAUAAUUCAGUAGUACUGUAUACUGUACCGUUUAUCUAGGAAUUGCUGGGAUUAUGAUCUGGUUCGACAUUAACAGGUGAAACGGAGGGUAAUCUCCGGUAAUUCUCAGAGAUGAUAUUGCGCACAUGUACCUUGACUAGUUUACUAACACUAUUUACAUAACCAGGUACACUAUAUUUAUACAUUUACAUGCACAAUGGAGUAAUGCUGUAACAGGGCUUUUCCGUUCCUGCGGCGCAUGAGAAAUCAUUCAUUUAGUCUUUAUUAUUUAAGUAACCCACUGCGCUUUCAAUGAGAAGUCCCCGGAAACGAAAAAAAAUCCUUUUCUUUCAAGGGUAUGUGCUUCUGUGGAAAUACUGAAAUUUCCUCACUCCCUAAUCCGGAAAACGAAAUCCCACAGGUGGUCACGGACUCUCAAUUUCACGAUCACAGUCUAUUGCAUACAUGUGUGAAAUGCACACUACAGUGUGAUCCCAGAAACGUUCGUGGUGUUAGUAAACAUCUGAAGGUAUGAUGAAGAGAAGCAUUAUUUAAAUCCGAAGUUGACUGAAAUAUGUCAAUUCACAUGUCCAAUUUCAUUAAACUGCGGAGUGGAGUCCGGUGAACGUUUUUAAAAAAAUGUUAUGUCAUCAGUGAUUUGAUCAUUUACGCAUGGUAAAUUCGGAAAAUUAAUGAUAUACCAAAAUAAAAAACUCCAAUCCUCAUACUGUAUUAGGGUUUAUUAUAUUCCCCAUGGAGCGGCAAUAAUAAAACACCUUACAUUUUGAAGUACAAUUUGAGCAAAACCGUUUAUAGCUGAACAGUGGCAGAUUUGUAGAAUACUAAGGACAGACCCUUCUGCUUCUUAUACCCUACUAAUGAUUUUGAAAUCAUAUCUAACACUAAUGAUACUUUAAGUUUUGGAAUAUCCAACAUGCUGCUUGAUCUCACGAAUUAACAUUUUAAAACCGUUUUUCGGUCUCGCAUAACAAAAACUCCCACAAGCUCCUUCCUCCGGUGGCUUCCCAUGUUUCACUCGCACGGGCGCAUGCAGAAACGCAGGCAUCGUCCACCCCCCACCGUCUCAUUGUAAAGCAGUAAAUCUCUUUGACGUUUCCCCCCUUCUAUCGCGCUUGAAGCCCAGGCUGUCUGUUGUGUGUGUGAUGGGGUGUCCCUCCCUCUCUUCGCCAUGUGACAAGAAAGCUGACCGGCCCUCGCCGAUUCCCAUGGAUCGGAUUACUGUCCGCUCGCUGUACAGCUCCUAGCCGACUGCCCGAACCGCGAUCACUGGCAGCGCAGUGCGCACCGGUGUUCCAGUGAGUGACCAUUUCACGUUUGGGUACACGUCUCAGCAUUACAACCCACCCCUUUUUUUCCCCCAAACCGUGAUUUUACAUUGCAAUCAGGCAGGAGAGGUAAAAAUGCCCGUCGUCGAGACGUCUGCGGUUUUUGUCUCCUGUCGCGGGGAGUAAACCGGGAGCUGGGAAGAGAGAAAUAAAAAUCUCUCUUCUCCUCACCAUCACUCGCUAAUCUCAAACGGGCACAGACUAGCGAACCAUCCAACCAUCUGGGACUGCUGUCUUGACUGUGUUUUAAAAUAUUUUUUUGCACAUACGUGAAACUGGAGAGAGAAAAAAAGCUGGGUUAUCGUUUGUGCCUGGGAGAUUAUUCUUGGAGGAGCAUUUCAUUCGAAUCCUUAUCAUUGAGCAAUUUGUGAGCGGUGGAUGUGUUAAUAUGGAGACGGUGGAAAAGGAGUGUGGAGCUCUGGGUGGGCUUUUUCAGGCUAUCGUCAAUGAUAUGAAGAGCUCUUACCCCAUCUGGGAGGACUUCAGUGCCAAGGCUACCAAACUGCACUCUCAGCUGAGGACCACUGUGCUGGCUGCCGUAGCCUUCUUGGAUGCCUUUCAGAAAGUGGCGGACAUGGCGACGAACACCAGAGGUGCCACCAGGGAUAUUGGCUCAGCGCUGACCCGGAUGUGCAUGCGCCACCGCAGCAUUGAGGCCAAACUGCGCCACUUCACCAAUGCACUGAUGGAGAGCCUCAUUACGCCCCUCCAGGACCGUAUAGAGGACUGGAAGAAGACUGCCAACCAGCUGGACAAGGACCAUGCCAAAGAGUACAAACGAGCUCGUCAUGAGAUUAAGAAGAAGUCCUCCGACACUCUGAAGCUCCAGAAGAAAGCGAGGAAAGAACUCUUGGGGAGGGGCGACCUGCAGCCGCAACUGGACAGCGCCCUGCAGGAUGUGAAUGAUAUGUACCUACUGAUGGAGGAGACGGAGAAGCAGGCGGUGCGCAGGGCCCUGGUGGAGGAGAGGGGGCGCUUCUGCACCUUCAUCAGCCUCCUGCAGCCUGUGGUGAAUGGAGAAAUUGCCAUGCUGGGAGAGAUCACUCACUUACAGGCCAUUAUUGAUGACCUCACUGUGCUGACCGCUGACCCCCACAAACUGCCCCCAGCCAGUGAGCAGGUGAUCAAGGACCUGAAGGGCUCAGACUACAGCUGGUCCUACCAGACACCCCCCUCCUCCCCCAGCAGUUCUGGCUCCCGGAAAUCCAGCAUGUGCAGCAGUGUAAACAGCGCCCACAGUAGCGCCUCCCGCUCCUCCAGUGGCUCUCAGACUCACUCACCCAGUUCGUCCUAUCGCUACCGCAGCCUGGCUCAGCCCCCGCCCGGGGGGGCCCAGAGGCUCAGCAGCGUCUCGUCCCACGACUCAGGCUUCAUCUCCCAGGACGCUGCUGUCUACUCCAAGCCCCCCUCGCCCAUGCCCUCUGACAUCACCAGCCAGAAGUCAUCGAGUUCAGCUUCCUCAGAGGCGUCGGAGACCUGCCAGUCCGUCAGCGAGUGCAGCUCCCCCACCUCGGUUAGUUCAACAUCUACCGCCGGGGCCUGGUCAGGGGGAGAAAAGUUUGGCUCGUCCUUCGCUACCUUCCGCCCUGCUAUCUCUCACACUGGCUCCAUCAGGCCUUUUUCUGUCAUUCUUCCUGCGUCCCCACCCUAUAACUGCCCCCCUGGAUCCAACACUUACUCUCCCACAUCAAAGGUUCCUUGCUGGAAGGAUUGGUCUAAACCAGGUCCUUAUGACCAGCCAUUGGUCAGCACACUACAGCGGAGAAAGGAGCCAAUAGAGCGCCUCAGAGAGUCAGAGCAAGGCCCUCCCCCUCCAGGGUAUGCUGGGUUACAUCCAGAGGACCCUCAGAGGACCAGGAUGACUCCAGCCACCAUCGCUGCCAAGCACGGGGAGGAGGUCUCCCCUGCUGCCAGUGACCUGGCCAUGGUGUUGACCCGGGGGCUCAGCAUGGAGCACCAGAAGAGCAGCCGUGACUCCCUGCAGUACUCCAGCGGCUACAGCACACAGACCACCACCCCCUCCUGCUCUGAGGACACCAUCCCCUCCCAAGUGUCUGAUUAUGACUGCUACUCAGUGAACGGGGACGCAGAAGGGGACGUGCAGACCGAGUUCGACAAGUCCUCCACGAUCCCGCGCAACAGCAACAUCGCCCAGAACUACCGCCGCAUGAUUCAGACCAAGCGGCCGGCGAGCACUGCGGGGCUGCCCAGCGGGGUGGGUGCCCCGGGGGCCCAUCCGGGAGGCGGAGGAGGAGGAGGUGGGGGCAGUGGUACCCCAGGAGUGGCCACCAUUCGUCGGACGCCCUCCACCAAACCCUCAGUCAGACGCACCCUGUCAAACGCCGGGCCCAUUCCCAUCCGCCCGCCCAUUGUGCCAGUCAAGACACCCACAGUGCCCGACUCCCCAAGUUACACAGGCCCCCCUGCCAGGGUGGGCAGCGAGGAGUGUGUCUUCUACGCGGACGACACGUCUCCCAACGCCAUGGAUUAUGUCAAAGCCUCCCCCAAGCGUCUCAGCCUGCCCAACACCGCCUGGGGCUCCGGCGCUGGACUGGAGAUGAGCGUCUACGCCCAGCCGCCACCUCCCCUGAGCACGGAGGAGGACCUGCUCCUGGCUGCCAACCGCCACAGUCUUGUGGAGAAGAUCGGCGAGCUGGUGGCCAGCGCUCACGCCCUGGGGGAGGGCCAGUUCCCCUUCCCCUCGCUCCCGGGCGACGACCCCGGCAGCGACCCCCAGGCCCCUCCCCCCGGGCCCGCCCCCUCACAGGACCCUGCCCCCGGGGGCGAGGACAUGCUGGUCGCGAUCCGGCGCGGGGUGCGGCUUCGCAAGACCCUCACCAACGACAGGUCGGCACCUCGGAUUUUGUGAUAACCCGGGAGAGAACCCCUGGCCCGCUCGGCGCUCCCCUCCCCCCUCUUCACUGACUCUUUAGAGAAAAAAAGAAAUAUGUUUAAAGAGAAAAGAGUAAUUAAGUAAUUAAAGUAAAUAAUAAAUAAAUGUUAAUAAAAAGAAAAGGCCUCGGUCACUAUCCUUCUAGCGUGUACAGACGCAUGUUUUUAAUCUUAACGCUGCCACCGGAUCUGUUGACUGUAGCGAGGCACUGACUUACUGUGGGACCUUGUUUUAUAAUUUUUGGCCAUCCCCCACCCUCUCGCAGACACACAGACGGAGAAGGAGGUGGGGGACAACUGGACCCUUCCCCAGGAGCUACUAAUCACAAGUUCCUCUGCGCAUUUUUGGACGUCAGAUACUAGGCUUGACUCCAUGGUAACAGAAACCCCUCCCUUUCUGUGUGUCUCCGUCUGCCUGUUUUUCUGUCGGCCAGACAGGUUCAGGGUGCGGGGGCUGACAGGCGUGCUGUAGAUCAGUUUCUGUCAUUUCAGAAUGGGGUUUGUGCUGCUCUCACUAUUCAUUCUUAGUUUUUAAUCAGCCCUCAAAUCUUCGUUACUGAACCAGGGAAGAGUUUGAAUGUGAAGCUGUGCUAUUUGAUCAGAGUGUGAGGUCAGUUUGCAGGUUUGUAUUUUAGAAAAAGAGAGUGUACGAUUGCAGUCUAGAAUUAAGCAAUAAAUAUGCUUGAGGGAAAGAGAGGGAUGACAUUGAAAGAUUCUGCAGUGUGGGAUUAUUUUAUGUUUGUUCCUUUUUGCUCUUCUCGUUGUUGAUGUCUUUAUGUAAAAGGACAAGCAGAUAUACACUGUAACUCUGUGGUACAGAUUUAAAAUGGGCCGCGAACCACUUUUCCAGAAAAAAAAACAUGUAUAGAGAACGAGUGAAAAAGUUCUUUGAUUCUUUAGAGGUGAGUUCUGAGUUUGUGCCACUAGGUGUCAUUGCAGCCUCACAACACUGACAUGUCAUUACAAUAACCAGGCUCUGCAUGUUAGUUGGUCAAAAUCUAAAUGUUAUUUUGAGGAAUACAGUACAUGGUGUAAGUGCGAUGAAACAAUUUACAGAGGGAAAAAUAAUCUCAGAGAUGAUUCAGAGAGGGAUACAGGAAGUGACGCAGAGCGAUUGGGGAUAUAUCGACAGAGGGGGGGUGUUUUGUUUUUAAAAGAAUGGAAAGCAAUAUUAUUUUUAGUUUUCUGUAUUUGCCGUGGAAUGCUGGGUUUCAGGAAAUGCAGGGCACUGAACGAUGGGGAUGUAAUCUGCUGUUUCGGUGGGUUGUAGAGAGGGUAGCUAGUUGUACUGAGAGAGAGUGGUUUGUAGUGAGGGGAUGUUGGUUGGUGAUUCAGCUCAGGAAAUAGACACUUGGGAGUAGGAUUUCACUCCAAUUAAAAAAAAAAUACAACCUCAUUUGAACAAUGGACAGUUGUUCUGUAAAUUGGAGGAAAACAUCUAAACUUAAACACCAUGAAAGUAUUAGUGAUGUGUACAAACAAUACACCAGGAUAUCAGAGUUCAUUUGGUGAGUACUGCCUGUGUGCCGCAUAUCAGUCAUGUAAUGUUGUUGAUAUAUUUGGGCGGAUUGGAGGUGUUGCCAUUUCUGCUGUAUGCUUUAGAUCCUGUAGAGUUAAAGUGCACUUAAAUGAAUCCCAUAAGACAUUCUUUUGUUUUUCAUUUCAAUAGUAUGGGGAUCAAAAAGGAAAAGGAAAGCUAUGAUUGUCUGCAUUGAUUGUGUGGGUAACGUCAGGCAAAAUACUGCCAAGGACACAUACUGUUACAGUGCUCAUACUGGUCCUCAUGGUUUUCAUUGAAUUUGUGUAGCACAGGAUCAUUGGUUGAAAAUGCUUUUUCUUUUUCACUCCCCAUUUUACAUAGCCAUUCAUUACACAAGACCAGAAAGCGUAGAAAGUAGAAUUUAAAAACACGCUGUAAAUAUUUUUUUUCUAAUUUUACAAUUAGAAUAUUGUGUGACCAAUAAUUACCUUGUAUAGAAUGUGUACUUCAUAUAAUAACAUGCAUCUAGAUUAAAUUAAACCAUAGAAAAAGAAAAAAACACUCAAAAUAUUAUUGUUUUGUAUUUAUAUAUGCAAGUAGAUGAAAAAUGAAUAGAUUCUUUACCUUCUGAAAGAGCAUGGUUAAUUUAAUCAGCUAAAUCAUCAAAUUCGUUACCACAUUAUAAUUUGUUUUUACAGUAAGUACCAAAUGAGAUUCCUUAACAUGUAAUAGUUUAGUAAGGUACGGUCUCCUUAAAUUGAGAAAUUGGAGAUCAAAAACUCCAGUGUGGGCUCUCUGUGGCCCUGAGACAAACAAGCCAAAGUGUAAUUCACACUGAAAGAAAAGCACAGGAAAUGAUCCCUGGAUUGCAAAAUUCCAACAUACAGUACAUACUAGUAGCUCAUUUUCUUCAUGAUAAUUCUUAGUGAAGGAUCGUACUUAAAAAAUACGUAACUUAUAUUAAGUGGAUUUCAUCAAAGACUAUUCUAAAAAAUAUUCCCAAUGACCUAAUCAGUCUAUGAAUUAAGACACAAUAAGAAAACACACAGUCUUGCAACUUGAAAAGUCAGCAGACUCCAGACAGGAUAGGUUUAUAUAUCUGCCAGUAUGUCGGUCAUAUCGUAGUGUUAAUAUGCAAUAAUUCUCUCUGAACUGGAGUAACGGGUAAUGUGUCUUUUCAUGGUCUGUAUUAUUAAACUCUUAGAUACUCAAUGCUAUCAUAUAAGCUGCAUUAAUGUAAUGAAAUGUAAGAAAAUGCAGAUUUCCCAUGCAAUAUUUUAUUUACAAACUGUAAAUUAAAACUGUAUUCUGUGAAUUCCUUCAUAGGGAUUCUCAGAAGGUAUAUUUAAAUAGUUUAGAUGUAUAAUGUUCGCAACGAGUGCUGGCAGACGAGUGUGAAAUCGUGUCCCAUCAAUUCUGUGCUCUGCUCUGCCUUUUAUGAAGCUCUGUGUGGACAGGGAGGUUUGGGAAGAAAAAGCUGAAAUGGGGCACAGCAGCACAAACCCAAUGACUUCAGCACAGGGCCUCUGCCCUCCUGUCUUGACCAUGUCCACCAAGUGUUCAUCUGUUGUCUCCCGUAAAGCACAGGCCAUUACCUUGUAUAUAUGUAUAAGAAGGUGAACACUAAUUGUAUAAGUCGCAUUGCAAAAGUGUUUGACACUAAUAUUGUCUAGACGUACUGAAAAGAAAGGGCAAAAGUCAAGUCUUUGGGGGUCAAAGUGGCAUGUGUUUUUAGCUGAACCCGAAAUGAAAUGAUGCUGUCUGGACGUGUAACUGUGCAAUCUAUGUCACAAGAGAAGCUGCACAAUGUUGUGUUUCUUUCCGCCCCGGAAACAGGGUUGGUGAGGGAUGAAUGACGAGGAAAAAAAGAAAUUAAGUUUGAAACUGCAGAAGGUAGCUCAUCAACACCCUGAAAAACAUCCACAAUGGUCACGCCUGUGGUGUUGCUUUAAUUCUGGUGUUGGUCCUUUCAAGCAGCACUGUGAAAGCCCUUGUGUCACGAAAUUCUGCUAUCGCUACGGCGCCUCUACACCUGUCCUCACAAUGAGGUGUGUUACUGUUAGGCCUUCAAACAGAUUGGUUUUUCCUUUUUAGAUCCUCACUCUCUUUUUUCUAUACAGUUCUGUGUCCAGAAAGGUUUUUUUUUUGCAAAACAGAGUACCUCCACAAGUGUCUAUGGGGAGUUCAAAAGACCCCAGUUCUGCGUUUGUACACAUUGUACCAGGGGCACUUCUCCAGCUGUCCGGACUAGCUAGGAGCAGUAGUAGUUUUACUGAGACUCCACUGGUUGGAGAUGGUACUGUGUCCUGCAGUUAAACUGCAAGUGAGAACACUGGUUCAAAACUGGUAGACCAUGUCACCAUGUGACAGCACUGAGUUUACUGCUCUGGAUCCCUGUUUGCUGAGGCAGGACUAGUUGGCCAGAUCUCCAGCAGAGGUGCAGGCUGUAAGGACAGUCAGGCAGGACUGCAGGGGAGUAUUUCUAGCAAAUCCAGUGGCGAAGAUUCAAUGAUGAUCAAUGUACUGCAUUUGCGGUGUAUGCUGUUUGUUCUGUACUGAUUUGACUGCUGUUCACGGGUUUGUAAAAUAAAAUAGGUUAGGAAACCUGCACAGCCUUUUUAAUUCACUGUGUUGUUAGCACUGACAUCAUCUGGUGAAAAAAUACCUGUUGAUGUCACUUAAUGUGAAACUAAAGCCAGGCUUUAGUCACUGUUUUUCUGUUUAAAAAAUCAAAUUUUCCUCAAUUUAAAUGUCUCCUCUUUCCCUGGGGUAAAGUGAGUGCUCUUAACACUUUGUUUUGGAUGUAACUCUCUUGUUUUCAGAGGCCUAAUGCAAAGCAAAGCAUUUAGGAUUUUCGAGGAAAGACAACAGGAUGAUUUGUUAAUGUGAUCGACUUAGUACUAAAACAGAAAAACUAGGGCAGGGAUUGCAGCACAAGGGAAUUCAUCUUGUUUCCGUAAAGCAAUCAUCGUAUCUGGAAAAAAAGGUGUUUCAGGCUACAGCAAGUGAUUUCACAGUGCUCACAUGAUGUAGCGGCACUUCAAAGAAUUGCAGUCUCGUUAAUUCUGACCCAUGGUGGCAGGAUACCUGAAAUCUGAUUGGGCUUUUCUGCCCAAGCUUUUUUUGUAACCUAAAAAAAAAUCUGCUGAAAAAUCACCACUCCAGCGUACCAUCCACACCUGAGCAGCAAGUGUGCGAAAAUAUCCUCCUGAUGACUUAUAGAAGUACAGCAACACAGCUCCACAUUGCAGCCCCCAGGCUGUUAUAGAGACUGUAGAAUUGCAGUGGAAUGUCUGGUACUGCUGACUCCAGAUAAAAGUUGUGAGGCAAGAGAAGGAAAAACAAAACACACCUCAUUAUUGGAUUUCUGCAAGGGGUCGGUCUCUCUUGAAUAAGUCUUUCCUUUUCAGUUAAUUGAUUAGAGGAGACAUAUAAUUGGACAGGAAAAUUAAGGGGUGAUUAAACUAACAUGACAAAAAAAAAGAUAAACUCUAAGCUGUGUUCUGCAUAAAUGUGGUGUGAAAUAUGAGAUGUAUUCUGUAUCUUGAUAACUAACAGUUCAUUCCAACUUCUUCCUGUGACUGUGGAUAAUCUUUCAGUUGCCAUGAUGUCUCUGUGGAUGAUUAUCUAGCAUCAAUGUUCUGUCAAAGCACUUUUGAUCACAGUCUAAAGACAGAUAAGACCUUUUCUCUUUUUUAUUUUCCAAAUUAAAUGCGUUCACUGCUUUUGAAAUAGAAACUUUUGUUGACUUUACUGCUGUGUUUAAUUGUAAAUAGCCUGGAGUAUAAUUAUAAUUGUUUUGCUGUGUAUAUAAGUGUUGUUUUAAACUGCGCAGGCAAGCUUUAUUAACAUCUGUCAACAUGAAAAAUGAAAAAGGUUCAGCUUCUGCAUAGGAUCCAUUUAGUUUCCCAGUAGUUUAGCUCAAUGCUUUACCAUGGUCCUUGGCCAGUGAUUAGUACAUAAACAUAAACGAACUGAUGUUCAUUUGAAUGUUCACAAUGUUCACUCCUGCAUUCACAUAUAGACUUCAGCUUAUUCUGAGACCGUAUGCCUUUAAUUUCAGGCUAAUGUGCUAUAAAAACCCCUGACUUUUUAAUAUUUCUUUAUUCUACUAUACAAUCCGGGAUGGUGUGGGGCAGCCCAGAGCACAUCUUUAAGGUCAACAGAACGUGCCAAUGAACAUGCUCCCCAGUGCAAUCCAAUUAGAAAUCCUCCUUUUCUAUUGGCAAUGACUGCAGGCACUGCAAGCUACAGUAACACUGGCAUGCUAAUAUUCUGAAACCAGGCACUAGACCCUCUAUGAAAUUGCAUUAGAAGAGUUAUGAUGCAGAUUCAGAUUUUACCCCAGAUGAGCAAGACUACCCCAAACAAACAUGCCCCCUCUUCCAAACUGAAGUGCAUCACGUACAUUUCUCCUAAAUCAAGGUGCAUGCACCUUAUUGAGCCCUUUACCAGUCUGAGUACCUUGAGGUUCUGAAGCUAAAAACACUGCUUCUCCGAACUUGACCUUUGCCUCCUUUUUUUUAAUGAUUAUUUUUAUUAUUGUGAAGAGAUAUGAUGUGUGCAUUGUUUUUGUACAAAAGAAAUUAUCCUUCCAGUGAAGUUACGUAACGCUGCUGGUGCUGUUGUUUUCUGUCUUUUUUUUCCAGUCCCUUUUUUAAUUUAUUGGGUUGUUUUUUCAGGCAUUCUCUUCCCCCCCAUAUUUUGUAAUAUUUAUCCUUUUAAUUUGUUAACUUUAGUCACUGCUAACGUAACAAAAAUGCACUGUGAUGAUUCCAGUAUUAAUAAAAGUUGUACUUAAAUAAUGUG